CACAAGGUGAACGUCUGUAAGUCGGUCAAUGAUGCAAAUGCUGUAUUAUAGAGCACGCGAAAUGCUUCUGUGUCAGCUUUCGUCUGGAGACGCGUACGUGUUGACCGAGGCUUGUCUUUGAAAUGACCACCUUCAGCCACAUCGCAGUCUGCCAAUGCAUGUUGCUCAGAAUACAAUCCCCAUAUACAAAUCCUCAGUCUAUGGACGUAGCCUGCAGGUCCAUGGCUCGCCAGAUAAGCGUCUUCGUGCCACCAUGUUGCUCUUUUGUCGUGGUAUCUCCACUUCAGAGCCUUCUGCUUCGCAUAAAUAUCAAUGGCGACACUCAGGAUUUUACCGCCGAUUUCCCAGAUCUCUUGCCACUCCUAGCAGCGAGGACCACCAACGUCGGAUCUUAUCAUCACACAAAAGCCGGUAUCCCAGGACAGCGCCAAAAUCUCUGAAAGUAGUCAUUGCCGCUCUUCGAUGGCCGCCAAACCUUUCUCCUCAUCAUCUAUCUGCCAGACCUCGUGCGCUUCGACCCCACUGAACCAAGCCGGAGAAGCAUAUCUUCCUUCACAAGC